AUGGCGGGGAGCGCGGCCCUGCUGCUGCUGCUGCUGCCCCUGCUCCACGGCCACCCCGUGCCCCGCGCCAGGGCCUUCAACAAGCUGCUGCUCAUCUCCUUCGACGGCUUCCGCUGGGACUACGACCAGGACGUGGACACCCCCUACCUGGACCAGCUGGCGCUGGACGGCGUGAAGGCCAAGUUCCUCACGCCGCCCUUCGUCACCAUGACCUCCCCGUCCCACUUCACCACCAUCUCGGGCCGCUGGAUCGAGGACCAUGGAGUCAUCCACAACAUGAUGUUUAACACGGAGACGGGCGUGAAGCACAACUUCCAGACCACGCAGAGAAAGAACGAGUGGUGGGACAACGGGCUCCUGCCCCUCUGGAUCACGGCCCAGAGACAGGGGAGGAAAUCCGCCUCGUUCCACUACCCCGGCGGGGCCUCGACGUACCAGGGCGAGGGGGUGUACCGGGCCGUGCUGGAGCCCUACUUCCACCCCAACAGCAACGAGACCGAGUGGCGGGAGAACAUCGACAUCGUCCUGGACUGGUUCACCCGAGAAGACUUCGACUUUGUGACCCUGUACUACGGCGAGCCGGACAACGUGGGCCACAGCUUCGGGCCCGAGACGGAACAGCGGAGGAACAUCACCCGGCAGAUCGACAGGACCAUCGGGUACCUGCGGGAAGCCAUCCAGAGACACAACCUGACCCACAGGCUCAACGUCAUCAUCACCUCGGACCACGGCAUGACCACCAUCAAGCAGAAGCCCAACAUCACCGAGAUCCUCCUGUCCAGAUACAUCAACUUCAGAGACCUGGUCAAGUUCCACAUCGUGGACUACGGCGGCUUCGGGAUGCUCCUGCCCAAGCCGGGGAAGGAGGAGGCCGUGUACCAGGCGCUCAAGAACGCACACCCCAACCUCCACGUCUACCGGAAGGACGAGUUUCCCGAACACUUCCAUUACGCCAAACACGAGCGGGUCCUGCCCAUCCUGCUGUACGCCGACCUCGGGUACCACAUCAGCGCGCAACUUGUCAUUCAUUUCAACAAAGGCGAUCACGGCUUUGAUAACAACUACAUGGACAUGAAGACCAUCUUUAGAGCCUUCGGGCCGGAUUUCAAGAAGAAUCACCUGGCGGAGGGUUUUGACAGCAUCCACAUCUACCCGCUCAUGUGCAAGCUCCUGGGGGUCACUCCCGAGCCCCACAACGGCUCCCUGGCCAUCACCCAGGGGAUGCUCGCGGACUCCUUCAUCCAGCAGCCAGGCGAGGGAGACAAGGAAGAGACGGGGACGCUGACAGGAUCUCUUCUCAAGAACGUCGCCAUCGGCCUCGGGACCGUGACGGGCGCGCUCGUGGUUGUGUUUGUUACCGUGGUGGCAUGCACAGCCGCUCAGCGGAAAAAGCAGCGCCGCACGGCUCCGAAAGAAGAACUCGAACCCCAGAGAACAAGCCAGUUCUGA